CGCGAGGAGGGGCUCAUUUUGGUUUGGAAGUCAUGACUGGCCCCGCUACUGCCGCUGUGCCGCACCCCACGACUGUGGGCAACACGUUUGUCAAGCAAUACUACAGCUUGCUCACGGGCUCCCCUGAAAAGCUCCAUCGCUUUUACAAGGAAGAGAGUACGUUCAGCCAUGGCCUUGGGUCGCAUCCGGAAGAGUCUGUGUCUGGUCAAACGGCCAUCAACAGCACGAUUCUCAAGAAGCACUACAGCGGCGCCGUGGUGCAUCUCGACCAUGGUUCCAUCGACUGUCAAGGGAGCCAACAGGGGGGAGUCGUAGUGUUGGUCACGGGUGUGAUCACGCUGCAACGCAGUGCACCGUCGCACUUUGUGCAAUCGUUCUUCCUUGCCGUCCAGGAAAACGGGUACUUUGUCUUGAACGACGUAUUGCGUAUCCUUAGCAUUCCGUCGGCAAAGCAGCAGCAAUCGCCUACGUCUCCUACCAAGAAGGCGGCGCCGGCGCCGUCGCCAUCCAAGGCCACGCAGACACAGGUCAAGGAAGCUGUCAAGUCGCCCAAGCAUCAACCCGCGCCUGCUGCCGCUGUCGCGUCCCCUCCUUUGCCUGCAUCCAAGGCCCCUCACGUCGACACCGCCAUCCCCGCGCAUGUCCUGUCUCCCAAGCACGCCCCUGCUUCGCCCACGAAGAAGCCAUCCACCCCUAAACCGUCGACUCCCAAGCCCACCGCCGCCUCCGCGACGGCUUCCCCCGUCGUCGCCGUCGUCCGCGAUGAAGCCAAGACGUCGCGCCCCACUUCGCCCAAGAAGGAACAUUCGCCCAAAAACAACAAGCCCAAGCCAACGGCCAAACCCGUCAAGCUCGACGACGAAGGUGAGCAAGCCGUGACCCCCGCCGACUCUGGCGCGCCCAAGAGCUGGGCCUCUCUCUUCGCGAGCAAGAAAGUGUCGGCGGUCGCGGCCGUGGCGUCGACAAAAGUGGAAUCGCCCCGCAAGAAGCAGCAGACUGCAGGAGCGACCCCUUCGUGGGACGACGAACCCGCCGCCACUGCCGGCGCGGUGCCCCCGCCUCCUGCGCCGGCCGCGUCCUCCUCGGGCAAGCCCGCUCGACCAGUGUACUUUAGCCUGUUUAUCAAACAAGUGCCGGCUACAACCACGGCCAACGACCUGAAGGACUUGUUCGGCUCGUACGGCAAGAUCGGGUCCGUCAACGUGCUCGAAGGCAAGGGCCAUGCAUUUGUGGACUUUUACGACGAAGAAAGCGUCAAGAACGUGCUGGCGGCGUUGGCCGACGGCGUCCAGUUCUCCGUCCACGACCAAGUGCUUCAUGUGGCCGAGCGCAUCGCCAAGGACAAGGCGUCGUUCACCAGUGGUGGCCGCGGAGGCGGACGGGGCCGAGGGAACAGCACCGACUACCCUGCCGGCGGACGUGGCGGCGGCGGGCGAGGUGGACCCUUCAACCCUCGACCCAAAGACGCGGCUGGUCGACCCAACGGCACCGCCCCCGUGGGUGGGCGCGACAACAAAUCCGGAGGCCGAGGCGGCCGUGGCGGUCGCGGAUACACCCCCGCCGCCAAUUAAGGAAGUAGAUCAGACGAAUAGGGACAUACCAUGGGUCUUGUUAAGACGCUGUAACCAUAAGCUAACGUGAAAAGUUGCCCAGCUAGCUAGCUAGCUACAUUGCGAGAAUCGUGCACGA